AAAAAAUUAAAAAGGGAACUACCAGGACGUUUUUUUUUACUGCGCCCUUCAUGUCUGGCGAUAAUGGCUAGUAGAAAACGCGCAUGGGAUUUCUUGUAUUUUAUUGUUUUCGGUGUCCGUGCUGUAUUUUGUGACUUUGUCUUUGUUCAGACUGGACAAAAUCAGACUUUGAGUCCUGGAAUAACAAAUAAAAUGGACACCAUUCUGUGGAAACACAUAAACAACAAAGUUGUUGAAUAUGAAAAUGGCAAUAUUGAGUGGUAUCGAUUUAAGGGAAAGGCACUUUUCAAUAAGGAAACUGGAAAUCUCACACUUCUCAGAGUUGAUGCAACUUACGAGGGCACCUUUGAGUAUGAGAUCCAGGUGAAUGGACAGCUAAGGCAAAGCAAAUAUGAGAUUAGGGUGAUUGAUGCCGUCUCAAAGCCGAAAGUGACAUGUCAGCUAAACAAAGAAGAUCCCAAAGCAGUAACGCUCCAGUGCUCCAUGAAUCCUCCAGUGCGUGCAACCUUUGAAUGGACCGGGCCCGAUGGCUUCACCUACUAUGGAGACAACAUUACUAUUACAAAAAAUGGAACCCUUGAUUCAAUCUAUUUCUGCCAUGUAAAAAAUGAAGUGAGCCAAAACUUCACACAUUUAUUGUUGAAGGACUGUUUCUCAGGUAAUGGUAUUAAAAACAAUUAGUGGGAGUUUUGUAUUUGAUUUUAGCUGUGGGCUCAAAUGGACUUGCAGAUGCCAUACUCAAUGAUAAACCCCGUGUAUAUAAACUGAAGACAGCAAGCUUCAUAUGAGCAACACACAGUUUGUGAGGCAAGUGAUAACAGCAAAUUGUAAAAUGUGGAAUGACACAUUUCGACUUGACAGGUUAAGUCUUGCUUGGUACCCAUUAUGUGCAGGUAAAGCCUGUUUUCCUCUGUCUAGGGUGGGGGUGAGGUUUGGGUUUUCAAAUAUAAUUGAAACAAUCAGAAAAACUGUAUUGUCAGUAUGUUGCAUACCCUGAAACAUUUGAAAGACAUGCAUUUGAAUUUACCUGUGAACUCAAAUGGAUGUGCAGAUGUCAUACUCAAUGAUAAAUCCCGUGUGUAAUCCUAGGGUUAGGGUUGGGUUUUCAGAUACAAUUGAAUGCUUGUUUUGUUUGUCAGUGUGUUUGUUUAUACACACUCUGAAACUGUUUCCAGGCAUUCUGAGUGCAUAACAGUUUCAGUGCAAGACAUACUGUUAUUAACCAACAUUUACUAAAUGAUAAGAGAACACUGUCUAAGACAUAUUUAAAGUGAAAGCAUUGUUAACUAGUGAAAGUAAGUUUUUUAAUGCGUAUGCAGUGUGUACAAUAGUUAUUGCAACUCUGCCCUUUUGCUUCUACACACAUUGAAACAGCAUUUCCAGACAUUCUAAGUGCCAAAAAACCCUGUUUACCACAUUAUCUAUGUGGUACGUUGGAUUAGCUCUGAAGAUCCAAUUCUUCAGUCCAAGAAGCCUUAUCGUUUCAUCAUCAUUGACCUUCAUUGAUCAUGCACUGUCAAACCAGCAAUGCAAGGGAAAAUAGACACUCACUGUCAGUGCCAUCCAGAGAGAUUGACGUGGUUGAGCAAAUCAUAGACAUUACCAGUGAUACCCACUGGUAACGCUACAGUUUGUAUAUAUCAAGGGUAGAUCAGUAACUCAUGCCUCCCAUGUGCGUUUUGUUUUACAUUUCAUUCGACCCUGAAUUAUGUCUGUUAACUUGUUUGCUGUUUCCUUAAGCUUCUUUUUUGGUUUUUGUUUCUUGGUUGCUCCUUUGUUUUAAUAAAACCCUCCUGCACAUUCAAUCUGCCUACUACCUCGUCCAUGCCACAGCAUGACAAAUAGAGUGUUUCAAAUUAUCAUGCACAGAAUGACAAGGGAAUGACUGGCAAAAUAGAGAUUGGUAGAUUGGAUCAACUCUUUAUAACAUGCUUUCUGUAAAAUGCCAUGAUGUAUCUAUUCUGGAAAUAAAAUUGUGUAAAAUGAGUAAUACCUAG